AUGGCUGCGGGCGUAAGAGAGACGAUGGUCGAGAUGACACUCGUCACGGUGGAAGAGGACCAUCUCCAUCCCAGGAAAAAGGACUUCGAGUCAUGUCGGGGAGUGGAUGCGGGACGGUUCAAGUCAAUCGCCGACUCGGUCACCAUCGGCCUCGGCGACCAGACGCCUGUCGAGAAGCCCGAGUCUCGCCUUCCACCAUCAAGAUAG